UGGAAUAUCUUCCAACACAUUUUUUGGUAGCAUUCUUUUAUUUUGAUUUUUGACUCAUUUCGUAGCAUUAUCUCUCUGUCUUUUUUUUUUUUGACCAAAACAUUUGAUAGCAUUCUCAAUAUGCAAAAUGUAUUUUUUCUCUUCAUAUAUUUCAUAAUAGAGCAUUGAAUGAGGUGCCAACUUUGGUUUAGCGUUUCUUAAUUCUUAAAAUAUCUCUUUAAAGGGUAGUGUCUAAAUUUCAUAUCAAUAAUCAAUAUUCAAAAAAACUAGGAGACAGAGUCAGAGAGAGUCAUGGCACAGAGUAGCUUCUCCAUAGAUGAUGGAAAGUAUGAUGAUGAUGGUGGCAUAAAAAGAACAGGAACAUGGAUAACAGGAAGUGCACACAUAGUGACAGCUGUAAUAGGAUCUGGAGUGUUAUCAUUGGCAUGGGCUAUUGCACAAUUAGGAUGGAUUGCUGGCUCAAUUGUUCUCAUUCUUUUCUCUCUCAUCACUCUCCUCACUUCUUUUCUUCUAGCUGAUUGUUAUAGGUAUCCUGAUCCUGUUCAUGGGGCCAGAAAUCCUACCUAUAUGGUGAUGGUCAAAAAUAUUCUAGGAGGAACUCAAUACAUGUUAUGUGGAUUGGCUCAGUACACAAAUCUUAUAGGUUGUACCAUCGGUUACACUCUUACAGCAUCCAUUAGCAUGACGGCCAUAAAAAAAUCCAAUUGCUUUCAUAAGUAUGGGCAUGAAGCAAAUUGCAAUACAUCCAAUUAUCCAUUCAUGGCAAUAUUUGGAGUUUCACAGAUUUUACUAAGCCAAAUUCCAGAUUUCCAUGAACUUUCAUGGCUCUCUAUUGUUGCAGCCGUCAUGUCCUUUGGUUAUGCUUCCAUAGGCAUUGGUCUCUCCAUAGCCAAAAUUGCAGAGCCAGGACACCAUGUCAAGACAGGGUUAACAGGGCUUGUUGUUGGAGUGGAUGAAACAAGUUAUGAGAAGUUGUGGAAUACCUUCCAAGCAAUUGGAAACAUAGCUUUUGCAUAUGCUUUCAGUAUGGUCAUUGUUGAGAUACAGGACACAUUAAAAUCAAGUCCACCAGAAAAUCAAGCCAUGAAGAAAUCAAACGUCGUUGGAAUCACAGUGACCACAUUCUUUUAUGCAUUAUGUGGUCUUCUAGGAUAUGAAGCAUUUGGAAACAAGGCACCAGGAAACUUCUUAACAGGAUUUGGCUUUUAUGAACCAUUUUGGCUAGUUGACAUUGGUAAUCUUCUCAUCAUUAUUCAUCUUGUGGGAGCUUAUCAGGUAUUUGCACAACCCGUAUUUAGUUUAGUGGAAAGUUGGGGUAGUAAGUGUUGGCCAGAAAGCAAGUUAAUGACAAAGGAAUAUUAUAUAAAAAUUCCAUUGGUUGGAAUAUAUAGAAUAAAUAUCUUUAGGGUGAUAUGGAGGACAAUGUAUGUGAUAUUCACAACAGUGAUGGCUAUGAUAUUUCCAUUCUUCAACAGCGUUGUGGGUUUGUUAGGAGCAAUAUCUUUUUUUCCUUUGACCGUGUACUUUCCAACAGAGAUGUACCUUACACAAGCUAAAGUGCCCAAAUUUUCUCCUAUAUGGAUAGGAAUGAAAAUGCUUAGUGUAUUUUGCUUUAUUGUCACUCUUGUUGCUGCAGUUGGAUCAGUUGAAGGUAUCAUCUCAGACCUCAAGACCUAUAAGCCCUUCCAGACUAAUUGAUCCCCUUCUACAUUUUGUAUUUUAUAUAUUGGUACCUAUGUUCAAUAAAACAUGUGUACUUAUUAUUAAUAAAAUAGCAUGCAAUUUUGGGAUCAUUCUUUUUUGUUU